GGUGAACAAGCCUCUCGCUAGAACAAGUUCCUAGUUUACUGUGUACUGGCUUUAGUGGUGAGGUGUAUAGAAGUGCUGUCAGCGAGCGAGUAGAGGAGACUUUUUAGGAGAGGUGUGCCGACAAUACGUAGUAGCAGCAGCAGCAGAAGAGACGGUUUUGAUGAUAUUGACCAGGCGUACUAGAGCAUCGUGUUGGUCACCAGUUACUGCUAGUUUUGUAGCGUAUCUCGUAAGCUCCUGGUCGGCCUUGUUGUCUUUGAGAAUGCUUCCGGAAGCUUGGACGUUUUUUAGCUUACGGUCGAAUGCAGAGAGUGUUGGCGACAAUUUUUGCGAAAUUUCGCACGUCAGGCUUCUGGACACUAACAGAGACGCGUCAGGCUUUUUAGAGCCUCAAGUAGAGCCGUUCGUUAACGCCGUCGGCUACAGUCGUCGCUAGAACAGACUAUGCUCAUGCGACCAGUGAAGCUACCUGAAUGUUGCAGUUACGGAUGCCAUAGAGUCGUCUCUAUCUCGCCAUUAGACUCCCACCACGAAUGCUGCUAAUGCUGCGGUGCUGCUUAUAAGUUCCUUCGCCCAGUUCUGAGAUGCCGAGUCGCUGCUGUCCCUCUCGUUUAGGCUUAGAGCAAGACGAAACGGCCUUCGUCACGAAACGCCAUGGCGUUUCCACCCUUUAGUGACGGUCCCUCUAGUGACGGUCUCUCUACUUCUCGGCGACUACCACGUCAGUCGCACAGAUCGCACGUACCACGCUGUAGAAGCUGUCUCUCGCGACGCCUGUAACGACAUCAGUAACCACUUCCAGGCGACGACGAGGACAGUCACACAGAUUCGCAUGCACCUCGUUCUAGAAGCCUCCGCUAUUAACUUCAGUGACCAAAUAGGUAGCCUAGUCCAAUUUCCUCCAAUUCACGCUACUGCAUUAGUCAAAUACGAGCCAGCCUUAUAAUUAUCCACGUGGUUAGAAAGCUGGAACCAGAAUUAGGAUACCUGUCGUCGCUGGUCUGACAGCCCCGCCGGUCUGACAGUCCCGGCCUGGCAGUCCUGGUCUGGCAGUCCCGGCCUGGCAGUCCCGGUCUGGCAGUCCCGGCCUGGCAGUCCCGGUCUGGCAGUCCCGGCCUGGCAGUCCCGGCCUGGCAGUCCCGGUUUGGCAGUCCCGGUCUGGCAUUCCUUAGCUAGCCCAGGUAUUUUUAGCAGCUUUCAAGCUGAUCUGAUUCCAUCAUUCGCCCGCAAUAGCAUAACAGCAGCAGCAGCAGCAGCAGCAGCAGCUACCAAACCUUCUUCGCAUGCGUACAACAGCAGCUGCGUUCAUGGCGCCCUCCAAACCAUCUCAUGGUCGCAAUUCCCGGUUCCAGCAUUCCACGCGUCCACUGACCCACCCUCGUCCAAUCCCACUCUUCCUUCCCCACCAUCGUCUCCUUCUCCCUCCCUACCUUCUACUCCUCCUCCUCGUCUUACUCACCCCGUCCUCUCCCCUCCUCAACGGUAGCCAGUCGCUCGGUGUUCCCCUAGCUCUCGCUGCUCCUUUCCGCGUCACCGACGCCUACAAGCCCGUCUGCGGAGGGCUUCCUGCGAACCCGCCGCGAAACGGCUGGAAGAGGUGGAGCGACCCAAAGACGUGGGGCCAGCAGUCCCUGGUCCCCUGGAAGUGGCGCAAGAAAUUCAAGGGUUUACCUUUCCUCUUUGGCGUGCCUGGGCGCGGGUUGCUGCAGUGGAGGGAUGUGACUAUACCGUGCGGUGCGGCGAUCCUGCUGGACAUGCCUGAAGUGAGAGUUGGGAAGCUCAAGAUCAAAGGCUGGCUCAAAGUCCUGGACUCGCCCAAGCUCCCGCACAUCCGCGUCAAAGCCCGUUUCAUCCUCGUUAUGGGCCGCCUCACUGCAGGCUCAGCGUCCCGCCAGCUGUCCUCGCGCCUCACAGUCACUCUGCACCCCAACACGGGCUACUCGGGCGGCAGAAAGCCGUACAUGCUCCGAAAAGUGCCGCCUGCUGACAGAGGGAAUCCCCGAGACCUGGGGCACAAGGCGUUUGCUGUGGUGGGCGGGCAAGUGGACCUACAUGGCAUGCCGGGGGGAGCAGACACUCCCUCGUGGGUGCGCUUGGCGGCAACAGCAGCAGCGGGGCAGAGGCAGCUGGUGGUUGAGGGGGAUGUGACAGCGUGGCAACCGGGGUUCACUGUGGCUGUUGCUGCCACCAGCACGGAUUUCAACGAGGCAGAGAGCAGGGAGAUCGAAUCAGUCACCCUUGUCUCCCCAACAACUUCCCGCAUCACGCUCACCUCGCCCCUCUCUCACACGCACGAGGGCACAUCGGUGCCGGAUGGCUUUGGCGGUACCAUCGACAUUCGUGCUGAGGUGGCGAUGCUGGAUAGGCGGAUUGUCAUUCAGGGGACGGAUGAGCCCGCCCCACACCAGUACGACGGCGGCCACUUCAUGGUGUAUAUGACGCCCACCCCUCAGACCAUAGAAGGGGUUCAGUUCCGAGGACUGGGCCACCAGGGCACGCUGGGCCGCUACCCUCUGCACUUCCACGUGUGCGGGCUCCCGGCAGACGCAUCUCAGCCGCACGUUGUGCGAAAGAACGCGAUCGUGCACACGAAGCAACGUUGUAUGGUGAUCCAUGCUACGAGCAACAUGAGUAUAGAGGACAACGUCACCUAUGAGACCAAGGGGCACUGUUUCUUAGUGGAGGAAGGGUCGGAGACUGGGAAUGUGUUUCGGAGGAACCUGGGGAUGAGUGUGCGGCAGGUGGAGCGGGUGAUUCCGCCGGACACGAGUGACCCGUACGGGUUUCACACGGACAAGCAGCCGAGUGUGUUUUGGCUGGCCACUCCCUUCAACAGCUUCUUUGGGAAUGUGGCUGCUGGGUCGGACAACAGCGGCUUCUGGCUGGAGGCCAACCCCACCAUGCGAGGUCUCUCCCGCCUGCUGCCUGCCAUCGGCAACAAACGGCCAGACAGGUUUAACUGGGGAGAGUACGUGGGCAAUGUUGCACACUCCUCCCUCUUUGGCUUCCGCACCUACCCACACGGCUCGCAGUCCCGCUUCCCCAACUACAACGGCACUAUUACCUAUCUUAAGGACUCGCUCUUCUACAGGAAUAAGGCCGGCAUCCUAUUCGUGAACACCGAGCGCAUAGUGGUGGAAAACGGGGCCUUUGUGGAGAAUGCAUACGGGAUGGACAUCAGCCGAAAUGGGGGUGUGACGGUCAAGGGCUGCCGUUUUGUGGGCACGCUGCCAUCAACUUGCACUGCGAAGGCCAGAAGUGCCCUCCGCAGCAGCAGCAUCAGCAGCAGCAGAACCAGCAGCGCCAGGGGCAGCAGUAUCGGCAGCACCAGCCUUGCCAGCAGCAGUAUUGCCAACAAGAGCAACCAGAUUCUAGCCACAGCAGCAGCAGCUGCAGCUUCCCCCCUCACCCCUCCUCCUACCCCCCUCCUCAGUCCCCACCAAGGCCCCACCACAGAGUGGGAGCCUCCCGGCCUGGCAGACGCCAUAAGACCCUGGGCUGAGUUCCUCUACCCCCUGCCCAGUUGGGGCACAGGUGACAGUGACUAUAGUGAUGGUACCGGGGGCUUGGGUGACUAUAGCGAGUAUGGGGACUAUGCUGAUGGGGAUGGUGAUGGGGCGAAUGGGACUGGCAGCAGUGGUAGUACCAGCAGCGGCAGCAGUGGCAGCACGGGGAAUAGCACGGGCAACAGCAUGGGCAGCAGCAGUGGCGACAGCACAGGGAGCCGCGGUGGAGAGACGGAGUUGGCAUACAACAUAACAGCAGGGGAGGUGCCUCCUUGGGCUGAGAGCUACUGGCUAGGGUACUGGAGGGAGGGUGAGGGAGGUGCAACUGCUGCUCGUGCUGCUACUGCUUCUGCUGGUGCUGGUGCUGGUGCUGGUGGUGUUGCUGCUGGUGGUGGUGAGGGUGUGGCGGGACAAAGGGUUUCUCUUAUGAGAAGUGACGACAGAGUGCAUGAGGCAGAAGCGCGGCCACAGAAGGAAAUUGGAGACGGGUCGUUUGACUCGCCCAUUGGGGUGACUCUCAGCCAGAGCAACCCGGCUGACAUCCUACGACCGUCCUCGGUUGAAGAUUCCUUCUUCUCUGGCUACGGUGCCUGCACCACUGGCAGCUUUGGCAUCGCUCUUGUGACCAACAAGCCUGGCGGCUACUGGAACACUGCCUUCUUUGUUCAGAAUCUUUCCUUUGCGUUGGGCAGCAAGAGAUUUUGGGCAACCCCAAACCCGCCCGCAACCAUUCCCCCCAGGGGAGGCCUCAUCGCUCGGUUCUACGCCCUCAGGGACUUGGACGGCUCGCUUCUCGGCACGCCAGGGGCUUUCGCCGUGGCGCCUUACUCCCCCAUCCUGCCGCCUGCCUCUGUGCGCGCCAGCGUGUGCCAGUAUCGGGGGGAGAGCGCAGUAUACCAGUGUGAAUCGGUGUGCUACAGAGCUGUCGGUGUGUUCUACCAUGAAUCUGGGGUGCGCCCCAAUGGGAUGGCUGGCUUGCCUGCCAAAGUCCUCCGGCCUUACAGGGGUGCAGCACAACGGGAUGGGGGUCUGCCCUCUAAAGUCCUUCGGCCUUACAGCUACAUCAACAUAACAAGGGAGGAGGAUGGAGAGACGUUCACUGCGUACGGCACGGACAACGACAACCCUGACAGCCCCCCUGCCGACCCCAAGCGCAAUGCCUACCGUUACGUUACCGCCUCGCUGCUGGCUGGAUACACCUAUCGGUUCACCAUCAUCCCUGCUCCUACAAACAGCCUCUUCUACCCCACCUGGGCUCAGGUGUGGUCGUAUGACAGGGGGGGCUGUGAGGGGGGUUUGAAGAUCAAGAUAGAGGGCAAAGAUCAGAGCACACAGUGGUUCGCCACUGACGCCCCCAGCCUCCCUUGCUCAGGUGCCUUCAAGUACAAGACCUACAAGGAGUACCUCUGCCCCUCGUCUUCUUCAACUCCUCUGCUCCAAAUGACUGUGGGCCCCACCAGCUAUGGCGCUCUCGCUACAAUGAAGCUCAACGUUUCCUCGCCUUCGUCUUGCUCUCCCGCAUGUUCCUGAUGCGAGCAUUACCAACACGCAAAGGUAAUGUGUAUAGUAUAGUACUAAUGUCCAUCAGUUUUGCAGGUGUGUACAGACUUCGGGGGCCUUGUGAUGUCCUAAUUUUUAGCUCUGACCGAGGUUUAGUGUACUGUAGAGCUUACACCUGGAGCACACCGGACGCCCAGCGCAAUACGUGGCAAAUCAAAAACCACCGCCCAUUAGCGUUGACACACGGGCAACGGCCCACUCGAUGUGGGCUGUGAACAGAGCCAGCAGUGCAGCGCCAUCAUGACAGCAGUGACAAACAUGCGGCACAAGACGAAAGAUGUGCGCCGCAACUGUUUUCAGCACAAACUCCAGCCGCACUCGGAAUAGCGCUCCGGCGAAGCUCAGCGAGCCUUUCGUUGAGCCUGCAAAGGUGCGUACGCCUGGCUGGGUUUGUUUGUGGCUUGAGCAUUGCCGCAUGAAAGUGAAUGCUGACUUGGCAGCGAAAUGGAGUCGCGAUGCCCCGAUGCUAGGGAUCGUUCUCAACAUCCGACAGCCAACCCAGGAACAGAUUCGUAAAACAAAUUCCCACACUCCACGCAACAGUUAUUGUUGCGAUACGAACCUUCAAUUCGUAAUGUAAGAAAUCUCUAGAAGACGC